AUGAUAUACAAUCCAAACGAUACAACUCUUAAACAAUCAUUUACUCUGAUCAAUAAUUAUAAUCAAAAUGACUCAGAUAAAAUUAGUUUCCUUUCUCGAGCUCCUUUUUAAACUCAUUAUAAUACUUUUUAUUAGAAUGGAUUUAGUUUUUGUCUAUCAUAGACUGAUGGAUAUUUGAACUUUGGAUUUUUAAAAUACUGAAGGAAUUUUUAAUAGAUUAAAAAAAGAAGAGUACGCAAACUAUGGACUCAAUCUAUAAAUUAUGUAGAUUUCUCUCAUAGUAAGAGAUAAGAAUACUUUCUUAAGAAUACUUUCUUUAUUUUAAAAUAAAACUUUCAUCAACAAUAAUUCAAAUUAUUCAGUAUAUAUUGUUUCCAAAGAUAUGAUUUCACUUCUUAACAAAUAUUUCCCUUAUAAUUUUUUUUGAAUCUAGAGGUAUCCUACUUUAUCCAAAUAGUUUUUAUUAUAGAGAUUGUGAAGAUGAUAUCAAUAAUAAUAAAUAAGAUAUCCACUAUUAUUCUAUAAUAAUUAAAAUCGAGAGAAUCCUUUGAUUAUUGA